AUGCCUUUGACAGAGUAUGUAGAGAAACAGGGAGCCACGCUGUCCCGUCUCCUGCAUUGCCAUUCGGCCAGGUUCCUCGGAGUCCUGCACCAAAACUUUGAGCAACGCCGUCAGCAGCUCCUACGCGCGCGAGAGACAAGGCAGAAGGAGUUCGACGCUGGCGUUUUGCCGGACUUCUUGCCCGAGACCAGGCACGUCCGAGAUGACCCUUCCUGGCGGGUGGCGGAGGCGCCGGCCGACCUGAUGGACAGGCGCGUCGAGAUCACCGGCCCCGUGGACCGCAAGAUGGUGAUUAACGGCCUCAACAGCGGCGCCAGCACGUACAUGGCGGAUUUCGAAGACUCGAGCGCGCCCACGUGGGUCAACAUGGUGGAGGGUCAGUUGAACCUGCGCGACGCAGCUCGUCGGGAUAUCUCGUACGUCAGUCCCGACACCGGCAAGCACUACGGGCUGACGAAAGGCGCCAAGCUGGCGGUGCUCCUGGUGCGGCCGCGCGGCUGGCACCUUGACGAAGCCCACGUAACCAUAGACGGCAGGCCGCUCUCAGGCGCCCUGUUCGACUUCGGCCUGUACUUCUUCCACAACGUGUUCGCGCUCAUGAAGCGAGGCACGGGGCCGUACUUCUACGUGGCCAAGCUGGAGUCCCACCUCGAGGCCCGUCUGUGGAACGACGUCUUCGUCCUCGCUCAGAAGCUGCUCGGGGUGCCCGUGGGAACCAUCAGGGCGACCGCGCUCCUCGAGACGAUCACCGCGGCCUUCGAGAUGGAGGAAAUGCUGUACGAGCUCAGGGACCACUCGAGCGGUCUCAACUGCGGCCGCUGGGACUACAUCUUCUCCUACAUCAAGAAGAUGCGGGCUCACGCGGACAAGGUCACCCCCGAGCGCAAGUUCCUCACCAUGGAAGCCCCGUUCAUGGAGGCCUACGUGCAGCUGCUGAUCCGCACGUGCCACAGCCGCGGGGCGUUCGCGAUGGGAGGCAUGGCGGCGCAGAUCCCGGUGAAGAACAACCCCAAGCUGGCGGCGCAGGCCCUCGAGAGCGUCAAGAAGGACAAGCUGCGCGAGGUUAAGGCGGGGCACGACGGGACGUGGGUGGCCCACCCGGCCCUGGUGACGGUGGCGAUGGAGAUCUUCAACGAACACAUGCCUCAGCCCAAUCAGCUGUCGUUCGUCCCGGAGUGCUCCGUGUCAGCGCAGGACCUGCUGCGGACCCCGGACGGGGGAGAGAUCACACAACACGGGUUGGAGGAGAACGUGGAGGUGUGCAUCUUCUACGUCGAGAGCUGGCUGCGCGGCAACGGCUGCAUCCCGGUCAACUUCAAGAUGGAAGAUGCAGCAACCGCCGAGAUCUCUAGGGCGCAGGUCUGGCAAUGGGUCCACCACGGCGCCUCCACGUCCGACGGCAUCGAGAUUACCCCUCGCCUCGUGCAAGAUAUCGCGGAGAGGGCCACCCACAAACUCCUAUCCGCCUCCGGCGGCGACGGCGGCGGCAAGUUUCGCCUGGCUGGGCGGCUGACAGCGAACAUGAUGACCGCGCCCGAGCUGGACGACUUCCUUACGUCCGUGGCCUACCCCCAUAUCGUCAACAUCUCGCACGGCCGCCUGUAG